AAAGCUUGCUGAAAUAAAGAAGAAAGCUAUCUUUGCUUGCGCUCUCAAAGAGCUGCUUAGCAUUUGUUGACGAUGCUGCGUGUGUGUGUGUAUUCUGUUUCCUCUCCAUGGUAUUACCGAGGUUGCGCCUAGUAGCAGCAGCAGCAAACAAGCGGCAAAAUGCUGUUAAAUUCUACCUUCGGUCGCACGUUCCUUUUCCUCACAAACCUCGCGUGGAAGAAUCGGGUCGCCCUGCCCGCCCUGAUUAUGGUCGGUUGCAUGGUGCUGAACUAUCGCGGCGAGAUCGAAAUUAACAUCCACACCGAGCGGAUCGCGCUGCACGAUUUGCCACACCGGCAGCAGCAGCAGCAGCUGCAGGGCGGUGGUGGCCCUUUCGGUGACAUUCAGAUCGACGAUCUGGACGGAUCGUACGAGGAGUACGACGUGGACGAUGAUCUGUGGGAUGACUACGAGACAGACGACGACGACAACGAGUACUUUAGCAGCUACGACGAGGAGGAGGACGAUGAGGACGACGAGGACGGCGAGUACGAUGAGGACGAGGACGAGGACGGUGGUGAGCUGGGAGAAAGGAUGCUGAAUGGCACGAUACGGCUGAACUGGUACACGACGGUCAAUAUUCACAAUGCGCGGCGAUAGGGAGGGAUGGGAAUGGGAAGGGAACGGGUCCUGGGGUAAAUGUAUUGAUGUAACUAUUAGCCGUUGUUAUCUAGAGAUAAUUAAUGUGUGGUGUUUUAACUGUGUUGAACAACGGGGGGUGUUAACUCGGUAAAUUUACGUGUGGCCAAGUCAAAUGAUCCAAUGCUAGGCUAAUUAUCCAAUAUAGGGUUCUUUACGAUAGCGCGACGCCAUCAUCAUCUUCAUUAUCAUAUGUGUACAUAUUUUAAGAACUGUUGAGGAUUAACUUUAACAUGCAUACGAAUUAAAGAGCUCUAUCAUCC